UGAGGGUCAGGUCACACCAGCCAGCAGUCGUAGUCGUGUCGGGAUUUGUUUUUAUAAAUUAUUAUCUGUUUCAAGCCGUUAACUAAUUAAUUGGAAUACUCUUCGAAAUUGCAACGAAAUUCUCCAUAUAUACAUACUUUACGGUUGUCAUUACCGUCGCGUUUCCUUGUGUGCUAACGAAGCUAAUUGAAUUACACACGCACACAGACAACAAACAGUCGUCUGCUCUGCGUCAUUAGCUAUUUCGGUCCAAAUAUUGAAAUUAUGGAACAACAACAGCAACAAAUAGCCCCCGAAGUGGCCGCAACUCCAGCCCCACUGCUGGAGGAGCAACUGGACAUGGAUGACAGCAUGAAGCACUGCUUCGAGAACCUAAUUGUCAUCGAUGUGGGGGCUAAUUUGACCAACAAAAAGUAUAGCCGUGAUCUGGAUUCCGUUGUCCAAAGAGCAAGAGACGCAGGUGUUCAGAAACUAAUGGUACACGGCACUUCGGUCAAAUCGAGCAAGGAAGCGCUGCGCCUUUCGCGCAUUUAUCCCGACAUUAUCUACUCGACUGCUGGCAUUCACCCACACGACUCAAAGUCCAUUGUGGAGGAGCCGUCCACAUGGUUCGACUUGGAGCACAUCGCCCAGGCACAGGAGUGCGUCGCGGUGGGUCCUUGCGGCCUGGACUACCAGCGCGACUUCUCCGAACCAGAUGCCCAGAAACAGAUCUUCGCCAAGCAAUUGCACUUGGCCAUACGCCUCAAUAAACCUCUGCUAAUCCAUGAGCGGUCGGCUCAGAAUGAUCUACUCGAAAUACUCGACAAAUUCGAGAAUCUACCGCCCGUGAUUAUCAGAGGUUUUAUGGGCACAGCCGAGGAGGCGCUAAAAUACUUGGACCGGAGGUUCUACAUCAGUUUGACCGGCUACUUGUGCAAGGACAAAUCAGACACGGGUGUUCGCAGACUGCUGGACAAUGGCACACUGCCUUUAGAUCGAUUGCUAGUUGAAACGGAUGCUCCGUUCAUGUAUCCAAACACCAGGGCUUCCAAGCUACCGCAACAUGUCAAGACUGCCAUCACGGAACGCUCUUUGCUGUACUUACACAGAUAUUGUACCUUCCAACGAAACGAGCCAUGCAGUCUGCCAGCAAUUGUGGAAAUGAUUGCCGCAUUCAUGAAGAAAACGCCCGAUGAGGUGGCCUUGGCCACUGCCUUCAAUGCCCUGAAGCUUUUCGGUUUGUCCUAAAAAGGGUG